AUGCAGCUGCAUGGUGAUGUAGUGUACGCGACACAAUUCACGCUCCAAAACCGUUGCACCUACACAGUCUGGCCGGGAACUCUCUCCGGAAACGGCGCUGCAAUUCUUGGAGAAGGCGGUUUUGCAUUGGCCCCGGGUAUAUCGGUCCAGCUCACUGCCCCUCUCGGCUGGUCCGGCCGGUUCUGGGCGCGAACCGGCUGCACCUUCGACGACGCAGGAAAUGGAAACUGCGUCACCGGCGACUGCGGAUCGCUAAAAUGUGCUGGCGGUGGCGCGCCCCCUGUGACACUAGCAGAGUUCACAAUCGGGUCCAACCAGGGGGACAAGGACUUCUAUGACGUCAGCCUGGUGGACGGUUACAAUGUGGGUAUGGGGUUGUGGGCCACCGGCGGAACCGGUGACUGCCAGUACGCGGGGUGCGUGACGGACUUGAACGGCAGCUGUCCGGCGGAGCUGCGGGUGAUGGAUUCGGGUUCUGUGGUGGUGGCGUGCAGGAGCGCGUGCGCGGCAUUUAACACGCCGGAGUUUUGCUGUACUGGGGAUCACGCAACGCCGCAGACGUGCUCGCCGACGCAAUACUCGGAGAUGUUCAAGACAGCGUGCCCUACUGCGUAUAGCUACGCUUACGAUGACGCUUCGAGCACUUGUACCUGUUCCGGGUCGGACUACUUGAUUACAUUUUGCUCAGCCGGGUCAUCAUAAGCUAAUGAUCCAUUAAUCUGCAGAUUGGUAUUGGUAGAAAUUAAAUUUUAGAUAUGAAGGACCCUUGUACUUAUGGGUUUAAUUAAACCCUUAUUCGUUUUCUUGGGAGACUAAGUAAUCGGUGUAUGAUGUUUCUGAUAUGAUAUGGCUAGGGUUAUGUAGCAAAUUUAUUAUUAUUAAUAUUAUUAUUAUCAUCUCUACUAAUUAAUAAAACACUCAUUGUAAACCAAAACCUUAUAAAAUUAUUAGUUUAACCAUCUAAUUAAAACAAAACAUGAAUAAGAAAUUCGGGGCAGAAAUGUAAUUUCACACAACCAAAUUUUGCUGUAUUUAUUUUUUCAAAGUAUCACCUAUAUGUAAUUCUAACAUAU